UAUUGUUGGAUAUUAAGGGUUUUCUGGUCUCGGAGGAGAACACAAAAUCAAAAAUUGAGAUGCUGAGAACUGCUGCAUGCUGAUUGUUGUGCUGCAUGCCUGAGACUGUAGCGCGGAGUUGUCCAAUGACCUAACUAAACCAAAACCUCGCAGUUGAAAGCUUGAAGUUUUUGUUUGAUUGUGGCAAUCUUCGAAAGUACAAACAUACUCUGAAGUUAUCGGAGAAAUCGGCCUGUGUACAUAUCAUUUAUCGCUCAAUUGUCAUAUUUCAAACAGUGCCCACAUCUCUGAUCAUAGUGACAUAGUGAUAUGGAAGCUGUUUUGUUUAGAGCUUGGCGAGUGAAGAACAGAGGAUUUUUGAAUAAUCAUGUCUAAUAAUAACAGGAGCACGACAGAAGACCCGUUGUUCAUCCAUGAUGAUGACGAAGAAACGAGCGACGGUUUUAAUUAUUUGCUUGUGACUUUUUACUCUCUCUUUUCCAUCAUGAUCCUGACAGUCGUAGUGAUCGUUCUUAUGCGGAGGAAGAAGAAGAUCGACAGGCUCCGACAUAACUUGAUGCCGUUUUACAACUUUGCGCCUGGCGAGGAGGAAGACUGGGAGACGGAGCUUCUCGAUGCUGACGACAAGGAGGGACAGUCUCGAAGGGUUGGUACAAACUGCCAAGUCGACAAAGGUACCAGGCAAGAAGACGACGCAUCAUCAACCGCAGACAAAGUGCUAAUAAGAAGGAAUUCAUAAAGUUACCUACUUAGCAAUAAAAGAUUUUGGUCUAUCUCUGGGUGUACUUUAUGUUAAUAGUAGUUUUUCUUCGUUUCCAAUUCGAGGAAAGCAUUGAUAUAUCUACACCUCUUGUGAUGUCUGUAAUUUUAUUUAAUA